UGUAGUAUAAGUCAAAAUAAGGAGAUACUAAGUCAAAAUACAGACUUAGUAAGUCAAAAUAAUGAGGUGCAGUGCUGUGAAAAAGUACAGAAAAGUGCUGAUUGAGUUGCAAUUUACGGAUUGAAGCUCGGGCAUUCUCCAUUACGAUUUUCUGGUAGAGAGCAGAAUUCAUGUUUCCCUCAAUUAUUGCAAGGUGCAAGUUACUCCAGAUGUAAUGGGAGUCCUGUCUUCCAAACAAACCACAUUCAACUCAUCAGUUCACAGAACAUUCUCCCAAAAGGUUUGAGGAUCAUCAAGGUGUGUUUUGGCAAAAUUCAGACAAGCCUUAAUGUUCUUCUGGGUUAGCAGUGGUUUUCUCCUUGCCACUCUUCCAUGGAUGCCAUUUUUGCCCAGUGUGUUUCUGAUAGCGGAGUCAUGAACAUGACCUUUACUGAUGUAUGAGAGGCCUGUAGGUCAUUUGAUGUUGUCUUUGGCUCUUUUGUGCCUUGCUGGAUGAGUCAUUGCUGUGCUCUUGGAGGAAUUUUGGAAGGUCGGCCACUUCUGGGAAGGUUCACUAACUACUGUGCUGAGUUUUUUCCAUUUGGAGAUAAUGGUUCUCACUGUGGUCCUUUGGAGUCACAGAGCCUUUGAAAUAGCUUUGUAACCCUUCCCAGACUGAUGUAUUUCAAUCGCCUUCUUCCUCAUCAUUUCUGGAAUUUCUUUGGCAUGGUGUGUUACUGGCUGGAACUACUUUCUGAGCCAUUCUGACCAAUCAGAUUCUAGCGUUCAACCGCGCUGUAAUACAGAGAACAACACUGCUACUGCUGAGAGAGAGACACGCCCAGUUCUGUCCUCACUGCUCACGUGCUUUGUCACUGCAGUCACAUGACUCUGCACUUCCUUAUUAUCUUCUUUCCUCCGAUAAGAUAAAAAAUACAAAUAUGUAUAUAAAAAAACUGUAAUGUUCGUCAGGUUUAAAACGAAAGCGUGAUACGACACAGAGGAAUAGUUCCGUCGCCAGGAGGACUGCUAAUGCUAAUGCUAAACCUGUGAAGUUUAAUAGCUUUGGUGAGAAAUAGGAUUCUUUCUUAAACGGCUCGGGGUGAUUUGACGCAGCCUUGUUCAGCUUAGCUCUCUAAUCAGUCUGAUAAAGGAAGUGAUCAGAUAAUGACCCAGCGAUCCUUGUAGGCGUUUCGGGAUCCACCGGUUUGUCAGGACAGCUGUAUUCACUGAAAUCCCCCUCAACUACUCACAGGUUCACUCUGCUCUCCAGAUAGAAAUUACCCAGACAUGUCGAAGUACACAAGUUUUCCAGAGCCCAGUGAGGAUCACAAUCCAUUCCAGGAUCCUUCAGUGAUUCAACACAGCAGCAGUACAGACUAUCCCACACUGGAUCUGUACAAUCCCUUCGACACCAGGGCGAGUGGGCCUCCGCCUCCUUAUGAGGCCGCGCCACCAACCUCACCACCAACCAUCCCGCCUCAGGCUCUGCCUAGCAGGACUACACCCACAGAGCCCCGGAAUUAUGGAUCCUACAGCACUCAGCAACCUGUGGUGAACGCCGCAACAGCUGACUUGCUGAAGAAGCAGGAGGAGUUGGAGAGGAAAGCAAGGGAGCUGGAAAGGAGGGAGAGAGAGCUCGACUCCCAAAGCCGUAGCACCGGAUCCUCGUCUCAGAAGAAUUGGCCUCCGUUGCCGUCUUUCUGUCCAGUGGGUCCGUGCUUCUAUCAUGACAUUAACGUGGAGAUCAGCCAGGGCUUUCAGCGCAUCGUCACCAUCAUGUACUAUUACUGGAUGUAUUCGGCUUGCACCCUGGUCUUCAACUUCAUCUCCUGCCUUUCUCUGUUUUGUGUGGACACUAGUAGUGGUGUAGGCUUUGGCCUAGCCAUCCUCUGGCUUCUGCUCUUUACCCCCUGCUCCUUCGUCUGUUGGUACAGGCCUGUGUAUAAAGCAUUUAGGAGUGAUAGUUCCUUCAACUUCUUUAUGUUCUUCUUCAUCUUCUUCGUCCAAGUGGUGUUGUACGUCCUUAUGACUAUUGGUAUUCCUGGCUGGGGCUUCAGUGGAUGGAUAGUGGGUCUUGCUGCAUUAAAGACAAAUACCGCAGUUGGAGUGAUCAUGCUCUUGAAUGCAUUGGUCUUCACUGCUCAGGCUGCCAUGGGAGUGGUUCUGCUCAAGAAGGUAAACUCAGAUCUUCUCCUCUCUCUAUUAGCAGUACACAUCAUCUCUUUGCAAAUCACCAUACAGCACUGUACACAUGUCUGUGUUUUUGCUCUAAACUACAAAACAUGGUUGAUGAAUCUGAUCCGAUUUAGAGGCGUGGUCUCCAAAAUAUUAAACGCGGUUAAACAAAAUCUGCAAGAUGCUGGUUCCUCAUAAGUAAUCUUUUGUUGAGUAAAUUCAAUUGUAAUAAACAGCAGUAAACAGAAAUAAAAGAAACAAAGUCAAUAUUUGGUGUGACGACCAUUUGCUUAAAAAAAGAAAGAAGUAUUAGUAGUCUCCGAUGAAUACGAUGAGUGCAGGCUGUUCAUGAUAAAAUGCUGCUUAUCCUCUAAGGUUGAGGCCAAACGCUUACUUACAGGAAAAAAAAUAUGGAGCUCCACACGUCUGAUUCUUACUUAGGAGCAAUUUCCAAUCAAAAUUCAAAAGUCUUGAGAUCUCACACACACUGCAUCCUUCAGGAACAACACACAAAUGACCUCCCAAGGAUGAAACGUUGGUCUGAAAGAUUCCGCUGAACCACAAGACAACAACAAAGGAACUGGUGAAGGAGUUGGAGGCAUCAGUUAUGGAAGUAUGUGUGUCCACUAUUAAGAGAGUCCUACAGUGCAUCACCAUGGCAUAAAACCAAGUCAUGGUCAUACAAGGAAUACACCCCUACUCCAAGACUGGCAUAAAAAAGUCAGACUGAAAUUUGAAGGUGAUCACCAGCAUUUUGGAGGAGUGUUCUCUGGUCAGAUAUGUAUGGUAGAAAAAGUCUGAGGCUUCUAAUCUGAAGAACACCAUCCCAACUGUGAAGCAUGGUUGUGGUGGCAUCAUGUUGUAGGGUGUUUUGCUGGAAAAAGGGAAUGACAUAUUCAGAAAAUAGAUGGCAUCAUGAGGAAGGAGGAUUUAUCCAGUAAUACUGAAGUAACACCAGAAAGCUAAACCUUGGUCACAGCUUGGUUACAGCUCCAAAGUUGUAACAAAAUGUUUUAAAGACAACAAAGUGAAAUUAUUGGAGUGGCCAUCACAAAGCCCUGACCUGAAUCCCGUAGAAAAUUUGUGGACUUAACUGAAAAAGCGUGUCUGAGUAAGGCAGGCGGCCCAAAAUCCUGGCCGAGUUAUGUCACUUGAGUCAGGAGGAAUGGAAAAAUGCAAAAAUUCCAAUAAAGUACAGUGAGAAGCUUUUGGAAGGCAUUGGAAAGAAGUUAAGCAAUUAAAAUGUAAUGCCAGAAAAUAUUAACAAACUGUACGUAAAAUUUUGACCCACUGAAAAUCUGAUAUACAGUCCCCUCCAAAAGUAAUGGAACCACAAGCCUAAGUAUAUUGUCUUUGCUAUACACUGAAGACGUUUGGGGUUGAGAUCAAAAGAUGCACAUGAGACGAGAGUUUAUAAUUUCAGCUUUCAUUUCCUGAUAUUUACAUCUAGAUGCGUAAUUACCCAUGCUUCAUUUUGUUACAUUCAACAAGUCCGAAUGGAUCAUGCAAACACUGUUGUUAUUAAACGGACUUUCAGACUGGCAGUUUAGUCCGAUACAGAGGGGAAAAUUGGUAACGUGAAAACUGUAAUGCGGAUCGGGAAGCGCACCACGGUACCGAACCCGAGACUACCUGUUGGAGGUAGCCCCGUGAACGUGAACGCAACUCGUACUCGGGUCCGCACUUGUUCAGGAAGCAAAGUAACCUGCUCCUGUAACUUGUUUUAACAGAUGAUGACAACAUUAGCUACCAAACACGUGUACCAUGAGUGGCAGGGGAACGUUGUGGGAUGUAGAAGAGGUCCACUGUUGAGCAGAAUGUGCGUUUUGUGUGUGUGUGUGUGUGUGUGUGUGUGUGUGUGUGUGUGUGUGUGUGUGUGUGUGUGUGUGUAAAAAUAAAUAAAUAAAUUUGAAUAUAAUAACCAAAACAAAAGAAUUUGGUGAGUCAUGUUGUGUUCUCCAUGACGUAAGAAGAACACGAAUGCACCGGGGUUCGACAGAAUCAAGUGAGUCUGAAACAAUCGCAUGCACAGUACAUGUCCCCUGUGUGAGUUUGAGUUUUAUAAUGUUGACUCUUUUCAUCAGUGGAAGCCUAAGGCACAUUUUCAAUGUUGUAUUAAAAUGUAUUGUAACGUCGUAUCGAAUUAGAAUUUUCCAUGUUAUUACACACACACACACACACACACACACACACAAAAGAUCCAGGGUGUUGUAAUGACUGUAUAAUCGGAACGUGUGAUGAACCUGAAACAAUUGCACCUUUUGAUGUCAUCUUCAGUUAGGAAAAGCAGCUACCAAACGAUUAAGCAUGCAGUCUUGAUUCAUGCAAAGCAGUGUAACAUUCUGCGAGCUUGUCUCAUUUCCCUACCCGCUUUAAUCGUUGGGCAUCAAGAUUUAAGGCCUUUCAUUUGCAUUGCUUCUUUGCUUGCAGAUCGUGUGGUAAUUCCAUCACUAAGCUCUUUUAUCUCCCUCGCCCAGGUCCACUCUCUCUACCGGCAGACCGGUGCCAGCUUCCAGAAGGCCCAGGCAGAGUUUGCCACCGGAGUGCUUUCAAACGAAGCCGUGCGCCAAGCAGCGGUGAACGCCACCGCCACAGCAGCACAAGGGGCCUUCACCGGAG